AUGACGCUCUUUCCUCAAACGCGGCUCGUCCGGAAAAGUGGGCGUUGUAACGUCAAAGCUUGCAACAUGAAACAUCGACGUCUGCAGUUCUUUCUAGACGGAUAUACGUCAUUAUUGGAAUGUAAAUGGCAUUUACUGAUUUUCAUAUUUCUUGUGAGUUUUGUUAUGACUUGGAUUUUAUUUUCGUUAAUGUGGUACGGCGUGUACAAUUGGCAUCAAAAUCAGAAACGUGACAACGCAGUGAAUUGGAAACCAUGUAUUCUGAACGUGAAAAACUUCGAAUCCAUCAUAUUAUUCUCCAUUGAAACGCAGACGACGAUUGGUUACGGAUCACGUGAUGUGAGUGAAGAGUGUUCGUUAGGAGUGUUCCUAUUGGUUGUUCAGAGUAUAUUCGGUGCCAUGCUGCAUGCUCUGAUAGCGGGCACCAUUCUGGCAAAAAUCCAGUCACCAGCAAAAAGAGCAAAAACUGUAUUAUUCAGCAAACAAGCUUGUAUAUGUUUGGAAAAUGAUGAAUUGUGUUUCAUGGUGCGUGUCGGGAAUUUAAGACGAUCUGAAUUUGUGGGUGCUACCGUCCGUGCCUUGUUUCUUGCUCAUAAACUAACGGCGGAAGGUGAUUUCUUGCCCCAUCACCUCCACGAGAUGGCCAUCAGUCUUCCAGAGAGCAAGGUUCAAAAUCAUUUAUGGUGGCCAGCGACGAUUAUCCACCGCAUAAACGAAUCCAGCCCCUUGUUCGGGAUUUCACCGGAAAUAUUAAAAGACUCGGAUUUUGAAAUUGUGAUUUUGUUGGAAGGGGGGAUCGCCUCAACCAGCAUGGCCUUCCAAGGCCGGACAUCAUUCAAGCCAAGUGAAAUCAAAUGGGGCUAUCGGUUUUCCCCCAUGUUUGAUCGCCGAAAUCCAUUCGGUUUGCAUCAUGAAGUGAAUUUUGAUCAUUUUGACUCUGUCCGACUGGAUGCUACGUCUCCGAUGAUGAGCGCUAGUGAUUGGUACUAUACAAGGAAUCGCAACGCAGAUAAGAAUAACUUUAUCCGCCAACGUUGCGUUUCUAACGGUUCAGUUUUGGCCAUGAUGUUGGACUAA